UGUUUGUCACUAACCGCGUAUCUACCCACGUCUUAGGAAUGCCAUGGCCACUCAGAACAACCAGGAUUACUACAGGUCGGUCAGCAGCGAGUCCACCACAUACAUGAUGGUCCCGGCGAACAGCCGCGGGCGAGACUCGCCGUCAAAGUUAUGGAUCGCGAUGGUCGUGAUCGUGGUGGUCGUCCUGCAGAUCGCGUCCACCACGGGGCUCUUUGUCUACUUAAACAUGUCUUUAUCGCAGGUUAAGAGUCAGGGGGUUACAGAAGAGCUGCGGUGCCUGGGCUUGCUCAACGUUCUGGGUAAAGAUCAGGACAUUCCCGAAGACCUGGCCCAACUGUUCGGAGAGCCUUGCAUGAAGCUCGCCGAGGGUAUCAAGGCGUAUAUUUCAAAGGUUACGGACAGUAUCAUCUCUAAACAGACUUUACAUGCAGCAAGAACACAAACUCAUUCAUAUAAUACAACAGGGUCAAAGUUUAUGACCACAGUGAUGCAGCGGCCAUCAGCCCACCUGACCCUCAGCAGUGCCUCCGACAACUCCAGGCCUCAGUCAGAUAUGCACCAGCCUCAGUUUGAUCUGCACCAGUCCUGCCGUCACCCUGUGCACACCUGGGCCAACAAGAGCUUCGGUGCCCACCUCUACAACAUGACUCUGACCAACGGACGCCUGCGUGUGCCCCAGGACGGCCGCUACUACCUGUACUCACAGGUGUACUUCCGCUACCCUUCUCCCAGCGACAGCGACCAGUCCAGCGUGAGCCACCAGCUCGUCCAGUGCAUCUACAAGAAAACCUCCUACCUGAACCCCAUCCAGCUGCUGAAGGGAGUGGGCACCAAAUGCUGGGCUCCGGACGCAGAAUACGCCCUGCACUCGGUGUACCAGGGUGGCCUGUUCGAGCUCCGAGCAGGCGAUGAGGUCUUCGUGUCCGUCUCAUCUCCCACAAUGGUCUACGGCGAGGACUCUUCUAGCUACUUCGGGGCUUUCCGAUUGGAUCUGUAAGAGAGAAAAUAGAGCGGGAGUAUCAUUUUGGCAGAGAAAAGUUUCGCUCAACAUCCAUCAACUUUCCUUUCUUUAAGACUGAAUAUGUGAAUAUGUGAAGGAUGCAAGAGACAUUUCGGUUAUUUCUUUUUAAAGACAGAGGAAUGUAUGUAUAUUUCUACAAAUCACAUCAAAGAUGUGAAUCUUGGAAACGGUAGCAAAAACAAAACAGGAGAGACAGAAAGUGAAUCUGUGCCAAUGGUGGUUUUGACGUGCGAACUCCACUUGCUUGAAGGGAAUAUUUUUCGUGCGCCGCGGAUCUUAAAUGGCUUAAAAGCAGAGAUAUGAGAAGAAAAUGAUGACAGCGGGAAUGUGGAGGAAAGAAAGAUGAGAUGGGAAAUAUGUGGCUCUACCAGCCUCAAAGGAGCAUCCUGGCAGGCUACAGAAUUCAACCCAUCCUGUCGGACCUGCGGAGCAACAUGCCCUGACAUGAAAAGGACCUAAAAAACAAAACAGGCACACAUAAACAAAGAGGAAUUCAGGCUGCUGCAUUGAUUCUCAUGCUCUUGCAUAUUUAUGGCUUCCACAACAUGGCGAUAAGAUUAAAACACAUACGACACAAAUCACUUUUACAGGUCUCCCUCUGCUGUCAGGCCCGGCAGGAAGAGACACGUGCUCUGGAGCUCACGCGGUCCUGGUCAUACAAAAGGUUAAACAAACACUACGCUAAACGGUUUGUUGAAACGUCGCGCCCAUAUAAUGCUUUGUCUUGAGCGACACACUUUUCUGAUAAGUGGCGCUUCGUGCUUGUACAUCCAUCUGUUUUGUGUGUGUGUUGUGUGUGUGGUUCAACCUGUGUAUAUAUUGUAUUUAAUUGAAAAUAGAUGAGGUUUGGAAUUGAAUGUACGAGCGUUUUGUUGUUCUCCUAAUAAAAAUCCCACAAAACCGAGCCUCCCGCUGUAAAGGUAAACCCCAUGACGUUGUCCAAAUGAAGCGGCGCUGUGAGUCUGAUUUUCUGUGGAAAAAUGGUUUGUUUGAAGGAGGAGAGGGCGGGGGUGAUUUCUUUCCACUGUAAAUGAUCAAGUGUUGUCACAAUGGUGUUUCUGAGAGCGAGCACAAACACUCGCUUGGGUUUCAUUGUGGAGCACAAGCGUGUUUUCUUCUCGCUGGACUCUGCCCCAGUUUUUACUGAUAAAGUCAGCGAGCUGAAGGGCCGCUGCCAAGAUGUUGCCUUAAAUCACAUUAUACUGCGAGAGCGAUCGAGCCAAGCCAAUGCUCUCUGUGGCAUUUAGCUACGGGCUAGCUAUAAUGUUAGUUACAAAACUUCACUCCGUCUGACUCUCAUCUGCAAUUUGUCUGGAUUAAAAAAGCGUGGACAUUGAUUUAAUCCAGAAAGGGAGAGCGAGUUAUGCUUCAGCAGGUUAAUGCUUUUGCUGCAAGUGGUAUGAUGUGCCGCCAAGCCAAAAAUUCCCCAUACAGGGUGCUUUUUUUUUACGUUUAAGGGAAUGUGAUGUCAGAUACCACUACAUGUAAAGUGCCUUUGGUCGUUAUGCACUGAUCUCAAUCUAAACGCUAACUUUUAUCAUGUGUUAAGGGAGGUUCAAAGCGAUUGCCGCUGAAGUCAUGUAUGAUCUCAUUAGUGCUUAGCAUCUGACAUUAACCGCAUUAUUUCGCAGCCCACUGAGACACUGUACAUCAUCAUCCUUUCACGAAAAAAAAAAAAAAAA